CAUUUUCCACCCUGCGGGGGAGACGACCAGAACCCAAUCGAGAGGCCGAGAGGGGGAGGUGAUCCGCACGGGCGAGGGGGAAGCAGAGGGGGCGCUGUGUGAGGGAGGGGAGUGAUGGACGCGAACGGGCGCGGGGGGAACGACGACGCGCGGGCGCCACUCCUCGCCGGGCGGCGGCGCAACUCGGUGGCGUCGAUGCGCGGGGAGUUCGUGUCGCGGCUGCCCAAGAAGGUGCUCGACGCCGUCGACCCCGAGCGGCCGUCGCACGUCGACUUCUCCCGCUCCAAGGGCCUCCCCGAAGGAGAGCGAGAGUACUAUGAGAAACAAUUUGCUACAUUGAGAUCCUUCGAGGAAGUUGACUCACUAGAAGAGUCCAACGGAAUCGAUGAGGAUGAGGAACUUGCGGAGCAAAACCAGAGUGAAUUUGCCAUGAGGAUAUCAAAUUAUGCAAACAUUAUUCUCUUAGCAUUGAAGGUAUACGCUACAAUUAAAAGUGGGUCAAUUGCCAUAGCUGCCUCGACACUGGAUUCACUGCUUGAUCUCUUGGCUGGUGGUAUCCUUUGGUUCACACAUAUCUCAAUGAAGAACAUCAAUGUCUACAAGUACCCCAUUGGCAAACUGAGGGUACAGCCAGUAGGCAUUAUCAUCUUCGCUGCUGUUAUGGCAACUUUAGGAUUCCAAAUAUUUAUUCAAGCUGUUGAAAAGCUGAUAGUGAACGAGACUCCAGAUAAACUGAACCCAGUACAACUCUUGUGGCUAUAUUCAAUCAUGAUUUUUGCAACAGUGGUGAAACUAGCUCUAUGGCUCUAUUGCCGAACAUCUGGUAACAAGAUCGUCCGUGCUUAUGCUAAGGAUCACUAUUUUGAUGUUGUCACGAAUGUCGUGGGUUUGGCUGCUGCUGUCCUCGGCGAUAAAUUCUACUGGUGGAUAGAUCCAAUCGGUGCAAUUGCCCUUGCAGUCUACACGAUUUCAAACUGGUCCGGAACAGUGUGGGAAAAUGCAGUAUCACUAGUCGGUGAAUCGGCUCCUCCAGAAAUGCUUCAGAAGUUGACAUAUCUGGCCAUUAGACAUCAUCCUCAGAUUAAGCGUGUCGAUACGGUUCGGGCAUACACCUUUGGGGUGCUUUACUUUGUUGAGGUUGACAUCGAGCUCCCUGAGGACUUGCCACUUAAGGAGGCACACGCCAUUGGAGAAUCACUUCAAAUAAAGAUCGAGGAGCUCCCUGAAGUCGAGCGAGCAUUCGUUCACCUCGAUUUCGAGUGCGACCACAAGCCGGAGCACUCAAUUCUGAGCAAGCUGCCCAGCAGCCAGCCUUGAUCCAAAUGCGCCUCGGAAACUUUUGUGUACCCCCACGUGGUAGUUGGGUACUGGAUUGUCGUGCAGGAUCUGCUACGGUGCUUGGUGUAUUAUGCUUUAAGGCAAAACUAAGAGGUUAAAUUUUUUGUCUUGUCAUGAAAUUUAAACAGGCACAUCUAAGACAGAGAGAUACAAGUACCGAAGGCAGAGAUUGUUCUGAGUGAAUGUGGAACCCUCUAUUUACAAGUUGUGUUUUGCACAAAAUUAGGCCUUUUCCU